CUUUCACUUUCUGUUUCUGCACUGAUUGAGGAUAGGAUUGCACUGGUUUCCGUCAGCUGAGUGGUCACUGUGUUGUGUUGUGCAGUAUUUAGACAAAGAGUACUGUCCAAAGUAGAUGUACCACAGAUGAAGAUUGUUUAUCAUAGUAUAAGAACAUUGUGGAGAUCUCAUAGUUUAACAUUUGCUCGUUAUAAAUACCUGUCAACAAUGUCUUCCAUUGAUGUCAGUAAGGUAGAACAGCUCAAUCCUAUUAUUGGAGUAUGUCAAUUGACCUGCACAGUGGAUAAGGACAAAAAUUUCCAGAUUUCUAAAAGUUUGAUAGAAAGGGCAAAGAACAAAGGUGCAAAGAUGGUAUUUCUACCAGAAGCAGUAGAUUAUAUUGGGGAAUCUAAACAACAGAGUAUAGACAUGGCAGAGGAUCUUAAUGGUAUAACUAUAUCUAAAUAUCAAGAUUUAGCAAAGCAGCUAGGAGUAUGGAUAUCUGUUGGGGGAUUCCAUCAGAAGGUUAAAGAAGAAAAAAGAUUGCUGAACACACAUGUGUUGAUAGAUAACAAUGGAGAGAUACAAUCUACCUACAGUAAAGCUCAUUUAUUUGACCUUGACAUACCAGAGAAGGUCAGACUAUGUGAGAGUGAUUAUACUGUUCCAGGGGACAGAAUGGUAUCACCAGUGGAAACACCUGUUGGCAAAGUUGGACUUUCUAUUUGUUAUGAUUUAAGAUUUCCAGAAAUGUCUACUGCCUUAGCUAAGGAAGGAGCAGAUAUAUUGACAUAUCCCUCAGCGUUCACAGUACCAACAGGGAUGGCUCAUUGGGAAGUUUUAUUACGAAGUAGAGCUAUAGAGACACAGUGUUAUGUGGUAGCAGCAGCUCAGACUGGUAAACAUAAUGAAAAAAGACAAUCCUAUGGUCAUGCUAUGGUAGUAGAUCCCUGGGGAGCAGUAAUUGCACAGUGUAGAGAAGGUACAGAUGUAUGUGUAGCAGAAAUAGAUCUUUCCUAUCUCAAAAGUGUCAGGACCAACAUGCCAAUAUGGAGUCAUAGAAGACCAGACUUGUAUGGAGAAAUACAAAAUUUAUCAAAAAGUUCAGGCUGUGAUAUUGAUAGUGAAGAGAAGUAUCAGUUUGGACAUUGUUGGAUUAAAAACACUCAGGUUUUCUAUAAAACCAAAUUAAGUUAUGCUUUUGUGAAUAUUAAACCAGUUUUUCCUGGUCAUGUAUUAGUUGCCUCUUUACGACCAGCAGAGAGACUUAGUGACUUGUCACCUACAGAAAUAUCAGAUUUGUUCAACACAGUUCAGACUGUAUCCAAUGUAAUACAGAAGCAUUUCAAGGGGACAUCACUUACAGUUGCUGUUCAGGAUGGCAAAGAGGCUGGACAAACAGUUAAGCAUGUUCAUGUACACAUUCUGCCAAGAAGAGAGCAAGAUAUACCAAAUAAUGAUGAUAUAUAUCAUGAGCUUGAGAAGCACGAUAAAGAAAUGUUACAGUCUGAUAUGAGACCUGAAGAAGAGAUGGAGAAAGAAUCUAGAGAAUUACGAAAGUAUUUUAACCCAUAGACUGAAUUGAAAUGGAAAAGCCAAUGGACACUUGUUGCAAUACAUUUAGUGUUACUUUGUCAAUCUCAGUUAUUCAGAUCUUCUUUUAUUAAACAGAAAUGCAUAGUAUCUCAUCAAAAUGAACAUUGCAAUGAAAAGCACUGUUGCCCUCUUUAACUGAAGGAACCCCAUCACUUUCAGAAUGUAUAUUUUUGUGGUUAGAUUUAAUUAGACUAACUUUGACAAAAAGGUGGUGGUUGACUUACUAUAAGUCACCCCUGGUUUUGAUACUAAUUAGGAAUAGAAAUAGUUAAGGUUCAUGUUUUUACUGAAGCAAGGAGAGAUUAGUAAUUGGGUUGUCACUCAGUUGUUAAGGAGUGGGGCCUCCCCUCCACCCAACAAAGCUGAAAACAGUAAAGAACAAAAACAUCAGUUGCAUGUUAUAGUUAAUAAGCAGAUAUCAUGAACAUUCUCAUUAAAAAAAUAAUUUACAGUACAUAAAUUUAAUAUAACUCAAGAAUUUCCUUAAUUUUAACAAGUACAACAAAGAUUUCAAAAUGAUUUUUGAUUGUAAUCAGAUUUUAUUUUAAGUAUUGCAUUAUAAAAGUGGAUACUUAUAACAGAUUUUUUUGUUAAAGGGAAACUUCGCAAAAAAAUCAAAAAUUGAUAUUAUGUCCGUCCAUUCUGUAUAAAAAUGCUCAAAUUUAUAAAUAUUAAAGUUUUAUUCCGCUAGAUAAGAGAUCACCAUCGAUUUUAAAUUUUGAGUAUCAGUUCUCUGCCUUCCGCCAUUUUGUUAUCUUGUUCAAAUAAAAAUCACGAUAUGUCUAUAAACCACAAAGAAACAAAACUACAGUAACCGAUGUAGUCUUAAUUACGUGUCGAUAUCUUGUCAAUCGUACGGUUGUUUUAUCUGACUAACUAACUUGAUACGGAAAAUGUUCUUAUUUUUUUAAUAACCAUAUAGUCUGUUAUUUUUAAACUGUUAAUAUUGGAAUUAGUUAAAAAGUCAAAGUUCAAAUCAUAAAUAAGUGUUCUGUUAGGCAGAGUUUUGUUUUAUAAGGAGGUUUUUAAGAUUUUUUA